CCCGGACCCCCGGCCCCAGACGCCCCCGGACCCCCGGCCCCAGACGCCCCCCGGCCCCGCCCACGGCCGCCCUGGGGCCCCGGAUGUGAAGAUGGCGCCGGCGGGUCCGGCCACGUGCGGGGGCGGUUGUCGCGCAUGCGCAGAGGCUUCCCGCGGCGGUUGUCGGUGGCGCCGCCCGCCCGUCGGUCCGUCCUCGCGUCCGCCGCCCGCCCGCCAUGCAGCGCGACCCGCCGCGGAGGAAGGAGCGCCAGGCCGAGCGGCUGUGGGACGCGUCGUCGUUCGCCAAGGACCUGCUGGCGGGCGGCGUGGCGGCGGCCGUGUCCAAGACGGCGGUGGCGCCGGUGGAGCGCGUGAAGCUGCUGCUGCAGGUCCAGGCCUCGUCCCGCCAGAUCCGGCCCGACGCGCACUACAAGGGGCUGCUCGACUGCCUGGCGCGCAUCCCGCGCGAGCAGGGUUUCUUCAGUUACUGGCGGGGCAACCUGGCAAACGUCAUCCGGUAUUUCCCGACACAAGCUCUUAACUUUGCUUUCAAGGACAAAUACAAGCAGCUUUUCAUGUCUGGGGUCAGUAAAGAGAAGCAGUUCUGGAGGUGGUUCCUGGCCAACCUGGCGUCCGGAGGAGCGGCCGGCGCCACGUCCCUGUGUGUCGUCUACCCGCUGGACUUCGCCCGGACACGCUUGGGUGUGGACGUUGGGAAAGGACCUGAAGAGCGACAGUUCAAGGGCUUAGGUGACUGUAUAGUGAAAAUCGCUCAGUCGGAUGGAAUUGGGGGUCUGUACCGCGGCUUUGGCGUCUCUGUUCAAGGCAUCAUCGUGUACCGAGCUUCUUACUUUGGAGCUUAUGACACAGUUAAGGGCUUAUUACCCAAGCCAAAGGAGACCCCGUUCCUCGUGUCCUUCUUCAUCGCCCAAGUGGUGACCACGUGCUCCGGGAUCCUCUCCUACCCCUUUGACACGGUCAGAAGGCGCAUGAUGAUGCAGAGCGGGGAGGCGGAGCGGCAGUACAGAGGCACGCUGGACUGCUUCCUGAAGAUCUACCAGAACGAGGGCCCCGGCGCCUUUUUCCGAGGCGCCUUCUCCAAUGUCCUCCGUGGGACGGGGGGGGCUCUGGUGUUAGUGCUGUACGACAAAAUCAAAGAGUUCCUUAGUCUGGACAUCGGAGGCUCCUCUGGGGAGUAGGCUGAGCGGCGCACAUCAUGCCUGCCGCCACUGGCAGCGCUAGUGCUGUGGUGAAUCGUAGGCUGGUUUCCAGCAUUUCAGUGGGAGAAAUGGAUAAAUGUGGAUUUUCUUCCAGUUUACAUUCAGACUCAAUUUAAUAACAUUUCACUUACACAUAUUUGUUAUUUCUGUUGUUUAAAUAUUUUUCUUACUUUUGUUAUGGGAAAAUAAAGUGCCUGGUGCUAAAACUGA